AUGGGAACUUCCAUGCUAGAUUUACUUGGACAAGCUGACUCUGGUGGAGAUACCUUAUGCAAAGACUAUGCUGAGAAGGAGAAUACCAUAGCCAAAGCUCUGGAAGAUCUGAAGGCUAAUUUUUACUGUGAACUCUGUGACAAGCAGUACUAUAAGCAUCAGGAAUUUGACAACCACAUUAAUUCAUAUGACCAUGCUCACAAACAGAGGCUCAAAGAACUGAAACAAAGGGAAUUUGCUCGAAAUGUAGCAUCUAAAUCCAGAAAAGAUGAAAGAAAACAGGAAAAGGCACUUCAACGCCUGCACAAGCUGGCCGAGCUAAGAAAGGAAACUGUAUGUGCUCCUGGAAGUGGCCCCAUGUUCAAGUCAACAACUGUUACUGUGAAAGAAAACUGUAAUGAAAUAUCUCAAAGAGUUGUGGAUUCAGCUAAUAACCAGCAUGAUUUCAAAUAUACUUUGAUUCACAGUGAAGAAAACACUAAAGAUGUUACCACUGUUGCUGCAGAUCCAGAAAGCACAAAUAAUUAUACAGAGAAAAAUAACCAAGUUGGGGAUCAAGCCCAGGGAAUUCACAGACACAAAAUCGGCUUUUCUUUUGCAUUUCCAAAGAAAGCAUCUGUGAAGCUGGAGUCCUCAGCUGCAGCCUUUUCUGAAUACAAUGACGAUGCCUCUGCGGAGAAAGAAUUUAGCAGAAAAAGUAGAUUUGUCCCCAGUGCUUGUCAUCUUCAACUAUCUUCACUAACAGAUGCAGUUUUGAGUUCUGAGGAGAAAACUAACUCUUUUCAUCCACCAGAGGCAAUGAGCACUGAGAAAGAAGCUGCUCAAACUCAAGAGAUAAAAGAAGUUUCUAGUGAAAAAGAUCCAUUAUUAUUACCUUCAUUUUGCCAGCUUCAACUUCCUUUUACUUCCAAUGCAGAUGAUUGCCAAAAUUCAGUUCCAUUAGCAGAUCAAAUACCACUGGAAGAUGUUAGUAUUAAUGAAGACAUACCUGUGAGUGAUAAUAGUUCUGAAUUGUUAGGAAACCAAUCGACAGUUCUUGAAAUGGCUAAUGAUUGCAAAUCUGUGCAAGCUACCACAGAGGAAAACAUUAAAAAUAAUGAUGCAUCCACUAUUGAAAUUGAAAAUAAAAAUGAUCCUGAGACAGUGGACCCUUCAAAUACUAAAGAGGAUAAUAUAACCUUACAUAAAAAAAUAGAUCUAUGUAAAAGACCAUGGGAGCCAUUUGUACCUGUACUCAACAAACUUGGAUCAACAGUUCUUCAGUGGCCAUCAGAAAUGCUGGUUUACACAAAUACUGAGCCAUCGAUUUCCUAUAGCUGCAAUCCUCUCUGUUUUGACUUUAAGUCCACCAAAUUAAAAAAUAAUCUAGAUAAGAAUAAGGUCCCCUUAAAUGACCUUUCUUCUCAGCAGAAGGGAGAAGACUUUUGCAAGAGAUCAAUUUCUGAAUGCAAGGAUACAUCUCUUACAGAACUUACAGAUUGUGAAAUUGAUGGCAGCAAAACUGAAUACACACAAGUCACUCCUCUUUUGACUGAUGAUACUCUUCCUAGUAGUUGUGAUUCUGAAAGACAUGAGAAUAUAGGUCAGAGGUCUAAAAAUAUUUCCUGUGGGACAAAGAAAACAGAAAAAUAUAAUUUUACUAGAAAUCAAAUAAAGCAUAACACUAUGAAUGAGAAAUGCAACAAAAUAAGGUUGAAAGAUACUCAUGAACAUUGGUUCCAUAAAAGUAGAAGAAAGAAAAAAAGGAGAAAGUUAUGUCAGCAUCAUCAUGGGCAGAAAACCAAAGAAUCAGAAAGUUACUGCAAAAUGGAAAUGGAAAAUAGUUAUUCUGAUAGAAUUAGGAAAAAUCCACUGGAACCAAUUUCAGAAAGGCAGUAUGUAAUUGCAGGGCAAUUAUUAGACUCAUAUCAGUUACCUGAAAAAAAGCCUAAAUCAUCGUCUAUAUACUUAAAUGAAAAUGAAGAAAUGUGUAAAAUCUGGAAUAGUGACUACAAUAACAGUGAUGCCAUCAGUUUUAAAAACCACUGCAAAAAGAACACAAUACUUUUAAAAGGACAAUCACAUCCAACAAUGAUAUAUUCUGGGAAGCAUAAUUUAACAUACUCCAGAACUUACUGCUGUUGGAAAUCCAGACUGUCAAGCUGUAGUCAGGAUCACAGAUGCACAGCUUUUCAAAACAACACAGAGUGCGUGAGUCAGAAUCAGCCCGUUAAGAGAGCUUACAAUUCCCUCAUGAAUGAAUCAGAAAGAUUCCAUCGAAAACGUAGACAACAUUCAUACUGUUAUUCUUCAGAUGAAAGUUUAAAUCGACAGAAUUAUUUACCAGAAGAACUUUUGAAGCCAGCAAGAGCUUCGAUUGCUCCCUGUAAGCCUAAAAAGAAAAAAAGGAGAAAAAGAAGCAAAUUAUACAUGGGAGGUGAAACUUUGGAAAUCAAAGAAGAUACAGAUUAUUCCAUGAAAAGGAGUUCUUUAAGUCACCCAGAUGGGUUAACAAGUGAGGGACAAAAGGAAGAAAUAAAAUCACAAGAAGUUGCAAAUAUUGAAAGGAACUCAGAAGAACCAGACCAAGGAAAAAACAAAUUGGUUUUGCACCCUAGCAAUCCCCUGCCUUCUGAAGCCAGUGAUGAAACUGAGCAGUUAGUAGCACAGGCCACUUCUACUGAACUGUCAGAGGUUUCCAAUGCUCCUACCACAUCUGUCUAUGUAGCUAGUGCCCCAACGAAAGAAGCAAUUGGCAAUACUUUGCUUGAACACAAAGAAAGAAGUGAGACUGCAAAUAUAAAUGAAAAGCAAAUUCCUUUCAAGGUACCUAAUAUUGAAAGGAACUUUAGACAGUCACAGCCUAAAUCAUACCUCUGUCAUUAUGAACUGUCUGAGGCCCUUCCACAAGGAAAGAUGAAUGAGGCAUCAACAGAUUGGCUGUGCUAUAAUUCAGGAAUACUUAACACACAACCACCGCUACCAUUCAAGGAAGCACAUAUCAGUGGUCAUACCUUUGUAACAACAGAGCAAAUCCUGGCUCCGUUAGCUUUACCCGAGCAAGCAUUAUUGAUCCCACUAGAGAACCAUGACAAAUUCAAAAAUCUACCAUGUGAGGUCUACCAGCACAUCAUACAGCCAAACAUGCUGGCCAACAAGGUCAAAUUUACCUUUCCUCCAGCUCCUCUCCCUCCCCCGAGCACACCUCUGCAGCCUUUGCCUUUGCAGCAGCCCUUAUGUUCUACCUCUGUUACCACUAUCCAUCACACUGUUUUGCAGCAGCAUGCUGCAGCUGCUGCAGCUGCAGCCGCAGCCGCAGCUGCAGGAACCUUUAAAGUGCUUCAACCACAUCAACAGUUUCUUUCCCAAGUCCCAGCUCUGGCCAGAACAUCUAUACCUCAGAUCUCAGUAAGACCAGUAGGACCUAGGCUUUGUCCUGGGAACCAGCCAACUUUUGUUGCUCCUCCUCAGAUGCCAAUCAUUCCAGCUUCAGUUCUUCACCCCAGUCAUCUGGCUUUCCCACCUUUGCCCCAUGCACUCUUUCCUUCACUGCUUUCCCCACACCCAGCUGUCAUCCCUCUGCAACCCCUCUUCUAGUCAUUACCAUAAACCGGAAAGAAAAUACUCACAUGAAAACCAUUGCUCUAUGUGUGGGAGUUCCUCUCAAUGAAUAAUUGGAUAUAUAACUGGUGGAAAAAAAAAAAAAAAAGAAACUGGCCAAGAUAUGGCCUCAUUGAUUUCAAUUCAUUUACUGUAAGUGUAAUGAUGCAAAUAAAUUCUUAAGUUUCUGAUAUAUAACAUUAUUAAAGCACUGAAUAGUUUGAAAAUCAAUACUAUAUAUGCUGUAUAUUAAAAUGAUGUCUUAAGAGUAUGUAUAAUGUACAUAAAAUAUAUUUCUAGUACUGUAAUUUAUGUUAUAAAGUAUGCUUUCUGGUUUUUAUUUCUAAUCUUUGUGUAUUUGCACCUAUUUAACGUUUAGACAAAGCUGAUGGCACUAUGUUUUGUACCAUGUUCCUUGAAACUGUAA